GGGGAAGGAGCCCACCCCUGGAACCGACGCAAGCUUGUUCCAGGGGAAGAGUGAGGCAGAUCUGUUGUGCUGCGAAAGAAAAGCAAGGUUUGGAUGUGGUGUGAGCAGGGACAGGAGGUAGCUAAUUCGAAAGGGAGGGGGGAGUAUUGGGUCAGGUGCAGGUUGUGCUCGACAAUCUGGAGGGGGUCGGCAAGCAAGGUUGCCGAGCAUUUCUUGAAGCCGAUGAGGCCUUGUGCACUGCAGACAGGCGAGAUAGUCCACACUUUGGUUGCUGGUGGUGCGGAAGUGCAGCCUAACGACAAGAACACGAAGUACUUGUUGAGGAAUUACAAGGGAGGCGAGGCCGAAUCGGAUGUGCAUCGUGGUGAUGCAUCACAUGGAGAGGAAGGCUUGGAAGAUCCACAAACAGACGAGCCCCAACCACCGCCUGUUGCAGGGCGGCCAGUUGCCGGCAUUGCAAACAUGCUCGCCGAUGCUCUUGAUGAGGGUGUCGACGCUGGAGGUGCAGCGGAGGGCGGAGGCGGUGAGGAAGGGCAAGGGGCUGGCAUUGCUUUCAAUUUCUUGAAUAUGGACACGACUCAGACGUUGCAUGCCGUUUACGUGGAGGUAGCCAACGCGGGGCCGAAGAUGAAGCUACCAUCAUACAACUACAUGAGGACGGUCAUGCUGGACAUCAUCUACUUGAAGAUCCAAGAAGAGGUGAACCCGAUGACGAGGUGUCAGGACUCGACUGGAUGCACGUUCAUCAUUGACGGGUCAACUGACCGCAAGAAUCGACCAGUGAUGAACUUCUUGGCGGCGGGGGAACAAGGGGUGGUGCUCGUAACGACGGUGACAAUGAGUGGUAGGAAGAAGAAUGUAGUGGACUUGGCGAAGUUGUGGGAGCAGGUAAUGAGGGAGAUUGGACUGCAACGCAUCAACGCGAUCUGCACCGACAACGACGAAGUUAACAAGAAGGCGGCGCAGAUCCUAAAACGGCGCAAGGACAAGGACGUGGAGAGAAUUCUGUGGGUUCCUUGCGGGGCACAUUGUUGUAGUCUCCUUCUCAAGGAUUUGGCCAACCUAUUGUGGAUCAAGGGCAUAGUAAAAACCGCGAACACAAUCGUCAAGUUCAUCCGGAAUCAUUAUGCCACACACGACUUGAUGAUGACCGUCGAUGACUCAUUGUCCUUACUUCGUCCGAUGGAAGUGCGGUUCGGAUCUGUGUAUCAGAUGCUUCAACGGCUAGCAGACAGAGAGGAUGUUCUUGUCACGAUGGUGGAUGGGAGGGCAGCGUCAAAGUGGAGAGCAUUGAGAUGGUCAGGGGAGAAGUUGCGCAGGAGAGCCGACGUCGUGUACUACACAGUGAGGUCAGAGGUAUGGUGGCCGCAGGUGAGGAAGAUUGUGGACAUCAUGCACCCGAUCUUCCAGUUGCUGAAGAGAAUGGACGCAGAAGGCACGCCUCCCACCAAUCUUGUUGAGUACGAUGAUAUGAUUCGGCGGAAAUUGACAAACGUGGUGCUGACAAAGAAGGAGCGGGAGGAUGUCAUGGAAAACGUGUGUGACCGCGUGCAAAGGAUGAGGCAGCUGGUUCAUGCAGCUACAUUCGUUCUUGAUCCACGGCGGUGGAAUGAACGCUGGCUCUUCGACCAGAACAGUGCAGUGAUGCAAAAUGCAAUGCGCUACUUCUUGAGGCAGAUCGGGGGUGAGUGGAACAACAAGGCACAUUCUGACUUGUGGGCGGAGUUGAUGGAGUUCCAAAAAGAGCCCGUGAGGGUUGCGACGGAGCAAGUGUGCACGGAGCCCGGGAAAGACAAGUGUGAGGCUGCUUUCAAACAUCUGAAGCAUGCGUUGACACACCACGAGGUCUUGAAACUUCUCGAUCUUGACAAGCCAUUUAUAGUAACCACAGAUGCUAGCCAAUAUGGCAUAGGCGCCGUGCUCGCGCAGCAGGAGGGGAAGAAGUUGAGGCCGGUAGAGUACAUGUCCAAGAAGAUGCCCUCUCAAAAGCUCGCUAAGUCCACCUAUGAGAAGGAGCUCUAUGUGAUCUACAAAGCGCUCACCCACUGGAGACACUAUCUCCUUGGCCGCUUCUUCUAUGUCAGGAUUGAUCAUCAGACCCUGAGAUGGAUGAAAACUCAACCUGUACUCUCCGACGCUCGUUGGAUCGAAGUCAUUGAGCAGUAUGACUUCGAACGCCAGUACAUCAAGGGGGAGUACACCAAAGUUGUUGACGUGCUGUCGCGUAGACCAGACUUUCUCGGUGCGCUGGUCAUCGAAUUUGGGCUUGAGGACAAUGUAACUCAGUCUUUGGUGGAUGCCUAUCGCGAGGACCCGUUUAUGGCCGAGAUCAUACGCAGACUCGAAGCGAAGGACAAAGAGACUUCUGCCGAGUUUGAGUUGAUCAACGGCCUGCUGUUCUUUGAGAAGGCCGGGAAUAAGCGUCUGUGUGUUCCCAAUAGAGAGUCUUUGCGUAGUUUAUUUCCAGGUGAGUGUCAUGAUGCCACCGGACAUUUUGGCUUCAAGAAGACUGCAACCAAUCUGCUGCAGCGGUUCUGGUGGCCCACGAUGAUGAGAGACGCAAAGCUGUACGUGGAAACUUGUCAGGUCUGUCAGAGGGACAAGCCACGUACACAAGCUUCUCUUGGGCUUCUAAAGCCCCUUCCGAUUCUGUGAAGGGCCGGUGAGAGCCUGUCCGUGGAUUUCAUGGAUACGCUGGUCACCACCAAGAGUGGAAUGCGCUACGUCUAUGUCAUUGUGGAUAGUUUUAGUAAAUACACUAGGUUAGU